AUGCGGUUCGUGUCGUUGCUUCUCGUUUUGGCGGUCGCCGUCUCGGCCAAGCACGUCGACCUGCCCAAGCCCUUCGAAGACCACUGCAUCCUCGACGACAAGACCAACCUCUACGAUCCCACCAAGCAGUUCGCCAUCCCUUGGUCAGUUCUGCACGAUGUACAGUAAUCUUCAUUGCAAUAGCUAUGGCAGUGAAUGUGUUCUCCGAGUGACUUUGUAGAGGCCCAGAAGAAGCUUCUCAAUAAGACAAAAUCAGCAGUUUUUCACGCAGAUACAAUGCCAAAAAUUGUCAAGUGUGUGGGGAAAAUUUGAAGUCUUUCAAAAUCGAAAAUGUUUUUAUUUCACCGCUUGAUUUCCACAAGAUAUGGCUGCUUCGAUGGUCACAAAAUCGAAAAUUCCUUCCAAAAAAUAAUUAUAUUUAUUUUGUACCGAAACAGAAUUCGAUCACUGUGUUUUUUAACCACUGGGCAAUUUUUGAGACCUGGUUCUGAAUCUGCGUGGAGAAAACUCUCUACUGAUCAUACUCUCAUUGAAAAACUCCCCCUUUGAGUUUGCAUCUAGAUUCCUUCACCUAGAAGGGACAACAUUUAUCCUAAAAUUUUAAGGAUAUCGUAAAAUUGGCUCAAACAGUUAUGGGUUGGCUAGAUUGAGACCUUGAGAGUUGCAACCUGCCAAAAAUGCUAUUUUCAAAAUUCAAUGCUCCAAAGUUCUAGCUUCCUGAGAAGCACGCGAAAAAAGCAGUUCUUAUCAGCCAAUUUUUAGUGAAUCAUGGAGUUUCGAGUAUACUUAGCUUCCUUGUAAGGAGCUCUGAAGCGUCAAAAGAAAUAGGAAGUCAAAAUUUUAUUCUCAGUUAAAUCAAUGAAUUUUUCGCCAAAUUUCAGAGCUAGACUUUUUUUGAGCCGCUCGAGAUCAGAACCACUAUGAAUUUACUUAAAAAUAUGAAACUUUUUCAAAAAGUUUUUUUUUUGAAAAUAACCAUUUGGUUAGAAUUAUAAGCCCUUGUAAAUUUUCGCCACACAUCUAUUCCAGCCAGAUGAUUUAUCUACAAUCUCAGGUUCGACGUCGACUUGGACCAGCCGCCAAGCAAGCGAUGGAACCAAAUCGCCACCGCCUACAAAACACAAAUCUCCGAGCUUAUCACUGUAUGACUCGUACUUUAGUUUUAUCACUGGUCUCUGAUCUUGGAGGUGCUCAUCGACUUCAUCUCGCCGCUUUUCUCCGACCCGAAGGAGGUCAUCACCUUCAUCGACAACGUCUUCGGAGACAUGGCCCUCAAGCUCCAGCAGCCCUACCGCGAUGAGAUCAUUGUGAGGCUUCAAAUGGGAUACUUGCUUGGAUCGCUGAAUGAUGGAUAGUUCCAAGAAACUAGAGGAAGAAGAAGAGGCACUUUCUACAAAAGUUUUGGAAAAUCUGUCAGAAAGAAUUUUCUAAAGAAACUUCCAUAUAAUCAAAAAGAGACAUCCGAAAACUUGGAAGGAAGGCAAACAUUAUUUUUUGGGUUGAAACUAAGAUGCUCUAAAGCGAACCUUAGUCGUUUUAGCAAAUUUCGAAAACUUGUAUUUCUCCGAACCUUUUGUCAACUAAAUUUAAAGAAUUUUCGAAGUUUCCAGAAAAAAGCGCUAACAUUUUUUUUCAAGUUGCCGUAAUAAAAAAUAGCCACUUCUAUCCUUGUUCUAAAAAUGUAAUGAAAUGUCAUUCUCUCAAGUCUGACCAGAGAAAACGAAAAAUGCGACCGAUCAUCAGAAGGAAACUUUGACCAAUCAUUAGAAUUGCGGCAAAAAAAGCCCAUCACGGCGGAAAUCAAUCGGUUCUCCAUCAAACGAAAACAUUCGAUUCGGAUGUUAUUUUAACAGGAAUUACACGGCCACCCAGUUUUUUUUACGUGGUUUUUUUUAGAUAUUGCCGUAAAAAGGGAGAAAGAAAACUACGUACUUGGGACGAGAAGUCGAAUUUUUUGAAAUAAAAGGAUAACUGUUGAGAAGAAAAAGAAAAAGGUAGAAUCCCAAAUCUUGGAGAAAUUCAACAAAAAUCUGACCUCUGAUGUGCCUAGAAAAGUCGGAAACACCUGUGAAUCUACAGUUCCAGCAUAAUUACUAACUAUUGAAGAAUAAAAAAACAAAUUCAUCCCGAAAUUUUUUUCACAAACCAAUUCUUUCUUUUUUAAUUUAAUAUUUAACAAAUUUAUUCCGAGAACUUUCACAGUGUUCCUCAUUUUUUUUUUCGGAAGGAAAUCUUCUGAUUAAUUUUUCUUCUCAAAUAACCUAUCAACGUCUUUUUCCUUUUUGGGAUCAAAAACGUACCGACAUCAUAAAUUUCAUCUCAAAUGCUAAGGGCACAGUCCAACGACGUCAUAAGAUUGCAAAAGCCGUUCUCGCGCAAUUCGUUGGAAUUUGUUCUCAUCGAAGAUUUAUUAGAAGUGCGGUUUUUCGAGUUUUUGAGAACCAACGAAAAAGAGCAGAAAAGGUUGCAAAUUCAAAACUGUAUGGAAAUUUGAAAAAUGAAAGUAAGUUAUAGUCUGUGUGCCAUGACUUGAAAUUUCACCAAAGGACAUUCCGCUGUGCCGCUGCGCGCCUUUGCGAACCUUUGUCGCGCUUUUAAUUUUUUUUUUCUUUUAUUAAGGUACUCUACUUUCCUGUGCUUCCACAGCAAUAAUAAUCAAUUGAAAGUGUGAUCUAAAUAUGAAAGACGCUUCGCGAACGCACGCAGCGGAACAGCGGAAUGUCGUUGCGUGAAAUUUCAAGUCGUGGCACACUGACUAUAGAACUAGACGAAAAAGUUCCUAAAAAGGAUAAUUAUCGGUUUUUCGCAUGGAAAUGCUUCUUCUCGUUGUGUUCUUUUCAUUGUCCCUUAUAUCUCUAAAGGGGCCACUUUCGCGAGCUUCAGUGCUCACUAGAGUAGAAGUAAAGUGGUCUCUAUAGGGAAACGUUCAAGGACCCUAAGGUUGCUCCUUUAGGGACCACUCUUCAAUGAGAUUACGGCUUCUUCGUUACGCAGAGCUGAAAAAAUAUUAAUUCAAAGUUCCUUCCAAUCAUCAAAAUUUUCACUGAAGUUCUUCCAAAAAUUUCGAGUUCUUUUGAAAAAAAAGAAUUUCAAGAAGAGCUCGAGAAUUGCAGGCGAUUGCCAAAGCGUCGGAAAUGCCCGUCGGCCAGAUCACCCUCUACAACAUCUUCUACGAGAUUUUCACCGUGUGCACCUCGAUCGUCGCCCAAGAUCCCCAGGGACAUCUCUACCACGCCAGGUUCGCUCCCGGUUCUUCUCCACUUCUGGAACUUUGGCUGUACCUUCCAGGAACCUGGACUUUGGUCUGUUCAUGGGGUGGAACGCCACCAUCCACGACUGGCCGAUCUCCGCCAGACUCCGCAAGAUGAUCGUCAACGUCAACUGGCUCAAGAACGGUGAGACUAUUGCGCUCUGCGGCUAAUAUUCAGGCGAAAAAAAAAGAAAAGUGAAGGAGAAUAAUUAGUUUCAGGGAACUUUUGCUAUGAAAUGCUCACUUCUAGGAAAACUAGUUUUCAUAAAACAGCCGGAAAUGCCAGAAAUAUGCGCCCCAUGGCUAAUUUUUGAAUAAAGAAAAAUCGAAGAAAAAACUUCGGAGGGACUAAACGAUUUCGCGUAACCAGUGCCACUUUAGUAGCAUGGCCGAGUAUAAAUAACGUUGAAUUUAAAUUUUUUUUUUUAUAAAAAGCCGUAGUUCCAACGCAAAAGCCAGAAUUUUCAUACGAAUUUUCAAAAACCGUAUAUUUGCAGCAGCAAAAUACCUGGAGCUAAAAAGUUCUGUAAAAUGUUUCUUUGAAACCCAGGAAUUUCUAGGCAAGCUCCUGUUCAAGUCGAACAACUUCGCCGGCUACAUUGGAAUCUACAACGGCCUCAAGCCCAACGCGUUCUCCCUCACCGCCGACGACCGCUUCCAGGCCAUCGGAGGUGCAGAUCCUCUUGAAAUGUUCCAACAAGACCCUUAACUUCUUCAGGUUGGUACGGUAUGCUCAAGUGGUCUCUUGGCCUCGAGCCCGAAGGCAAGUGGAUGUCGUGGCUCUCUCGCGAGACUCUCGAAACCGCCAACAGUUCGUUUUUUUUUUAUCAAAUCAUCAUUCGAAAUGACUUGGAAAGUUCCAGCAGCUCUCCCGUACGUUCCUCCUUUCCGGCUCUUUUUAGUGAUUUUGCAUAUCCUUAUUCAUCGCAAUAUUUUUCUCCAAAUUGUUCUCUAGACUUCAAAUGAAAGGAGAUUUUCAGCCUACGAAGAGGCUAAACAGCACCUGAUGAACACUCCCAUGCUCUCUCCCGUUUACUUCAUUCUCGGAGGCCAACAGCAGUAUCAGGUGCUCUUUUCGACCUGACAGGAAGUAUCAUCCUUGUUUCUUUCAAGGCUUGCAUCAUCGCCCGCAGUUUGAACAGCACGGCGCUGCUCACCGAGAUGGACCCCAACUCGCCCGACGGAUGGUUCCUCCUCGAGACCAACUACGACCAGGACCAGGAGGUCAUUGAUAUUUCCAUUCAUAGUGAGACACAAGUUUAUUUCAGGUUCUCUACCUUGACGACCGCCGAACGCCCGGCCGUGCCUGUAUGAAGAAGCUUGGACAGAAGAAUGUUGGAUUCGAGGUUUGUGAGGAUCAGAAAGUGAAGAAAUUCUUGCUUUCAUCAAAGUUUGAAGAUAAUCUGUCACUUUUGGUUCAAAAAAAUAUUUUGCGACAAUCAGAAAAGGUGAAAGAAGGCUUUCGCAGUAACCUGACAUUUUUAAACUAGCGCCUGAGAGAACGGGUUUAAAUUAAUUUUUCGUUAAUUUGAAAGAAUAUAAAACAAAUUUGAAAGAAUAGUUGAGGCUUUCAAGUUUGUGAGAAAAAAAAACGAGGUUUUUGGUUCUUAAGCCAAUUUUAAGUGAUUACUAGACCGAAGCAACUGACAUGGAGCGCCAAAAGGGCGCCACAACUCUCUGACACAUUACUUCGUCGUUAUCCAGCUGCGAGAAAACGACGAAAUAGUGUAUGUCAGAGAAAGAGUUGUGGCGCUCCACUUCAGAGAAGCGGUCACUUGAGUAUACUUUCGAGUUAUUCUUUUUCGAAUUACUUGAAGAAAAUCGACUAAUGACUUUUAGCGAAAUCAGUCAUUUUAUCCUUUUUUCCAGAAAAAGAUCCCUAAGUUUUAUAAAAUCUUAAAGAAGAUUUUUAUUUUGUAAAAUGCAACAUUUCAGGGAAUCUUCAACGUCCUGUCGUCGCGGUCGAACCUCAACAAGCUGACAACCUACACGGUCCUGAUGCAAGUCGAGACUGGCCGCUUCGAAACGAUCCUCCAGAGUUGCCCCGGGGAGUGCUGGCCGUGGUAAUCCAGCAACACCACUAACAAUUUCCAAGUCUUCGUCUAAUAAAGUCAUGCAUUUCAUGUAAUUACACUGUAUUUUUAAUAAAAUUGCCGCAAAAGCCACUUUUUUUUUUCUUUUAUGAAGAUUUCGAUUUUCAUAGUCUGAUAGCCUCGGCCCGAAACGAGUUGGUCGCACGAGGAAUGGCUGGAAGCGUCGAGAUGAGCAAAGUGCGUCCGACCAGAAAACGGGUUGCACUCGUCGAAAUCGGGAAUCCAUGAGUGAGAAUAAACGUCAAAUGCAGAUUUAGUUUCAACUUGGCUGCAGCUCAAUCGCUACGUCUUAAUGCGACCAGAGAAAAUCAAGCCGUGUCAAAUGAAUUUUCUUUUUCGAAUUAUUUUAAAAUUAUCAUUUCAUGAGAAUAUCAAAAUAAUAAAACAACCUGAAUCAAGGUAUUCAAAAAUACCGAGGUGGCUAGUUGCCAAAAAGAAAGCGAUUCGAAUAUCAGCGAUUUUUAUUUUCGCAAUAUCCGUUCCCAGGCUCCUUAACUAGAAAAAAAACUAACUAAAACGUGAAAUAAGCAGAGAAUCUAUCAGAAAAUUCAAGCAAGGUCAUCGUGAAUAUUGAAAACCCGAGAACUUUAUUCUAUAAAAUGGAAAAAGAUACAAAAAAACGGCGGAAUAUUUGAAUGAAAAAAACAAAAAAAUUUGGUUGAAGCCUGUAAGCCACGCCCCUUUCCCAUGGCUGCACCAUGGGAAAAGUUUUGGCGGCGUGUGACGUUAUCGCCUCAGGAUCUAUGAAAGCCCUCAGUUUUGCAAAAUCCUCACUUCCGAAAUCAACCGAUUUUUCUGGUUAGUUUUUUUUAAUCGAAUUUUUACUGUGAAAUUCUUAGAAAUAAAUUUAUGCACUAUGCCGUCUUCGGAUUAUUGGGGCGUUUUGAGAAGUUUUUGAUUUCAUUUUCAUGCCGUGUUCAAAGUAAUUUCCGCGAAAUUCAAAAUAGCUGUCAGAGAAAGGAAAAGAUCACUAAAUUUUGGAGAGUCAGAGAUCAUUUUGCAUUUCGCGGAAAUUACUUUGAACACGGCAUCAAAAAUUCGAACUUGCUUUUUUUCCGUGAAAUUCUCAAAAUUAAUCACUGUCUGCUUAAGUAUGCAGUUCUCAUAUGAAAUUCAAGUCCAAAUACUUGGGGUUUUUUUUUGAGUGAAUAAACGAAGUUCGAACUCUGGUACUGCAAUCCACUCAAAAGAUUUCUUGACGGGAAAAAAGGCGAUAAGAAAAUAUAAGACACUGAAGUUUUUUCAAGCUAACAACAAAUUUAAUUUGAGUUUUUCUGUUCAAAAACUUUCGAAAGUGAACGCUUAAUAACGGGCAAAGUCUUUCUGAAGCUAACUUGGGUUUACCGGUCAUUUCACUUCGAAAAAUAUUAAAACGCAAAAAUUAUUCAUCCAAAAUCGCUCAUCCUCAUGGACUAACCUAGGCAUUAAUUUUUGACCCUAUGACACAAUUUUAAUGAAGAGAGGCUCUGACCUUUUUUUUGACCGCUGCUGUUAAUGGCGCUAAAUCCACUGCAUAUAUGUGUUGGUUCAGAAGGAAAGCGAUGA